AUGGGGCAGUACCCCGACGGCCUGCGCGGCCCCUUCAUCGUGCACGAUCCCAACGACCCGUAUGCCGGCAAGUAUGACGAGGAGAUCGUCCUGACCGUCUCGGACUGGUACCAUGACCAGUCCCUCACGCUCGUCCGGAACAUGCUCGAGUCCAGCAACACGCAGUUCCUGCCGCCGUUCCCCGACGGCAUCGUCGUUAACGAGGGUCGCGGCGCCAACAUUUCCUUUGCCGGCAACAAGACGUACCGCGUCCGCAUCAUCAGCUUCGCCGCGUUUGCGUCCACCCUGCUGCACUUUGACUCGCACACCAUGCAGGUCAUCAUGGCCGACGCCUCGUACGUCACGCAGGCCCAGGCGUACCAGCUGCGCAUCGCGCCCGCCCAGCGCUACGACGUUCUGAUUUCCGGCAUCGCGCGCGACCACCGCAACUACCCCUUCCUGCUAUCCCUCGACAUCAACCGCGACUUUGCCAACGACCCGCCCCAGGCCGUCGUCUGGCCGCACAACGCCACCGGCUACCUGGUCAUGGACCCCAGCGGCGCGUUCCCGCAGGACGUCGUCAGCCUCUGGCAGCCGCUCGACGACCUGUCCUUGCGGGCGCUCGACGGCGCGGCGGCGUACGGCCCGGUGGCGCAGACCAUUACGCUCAACUUUGACUUUUGCAUUGACGCCAACGGCCUGCCGCGCGCCUGCUUCAACGGCCAGCCGUACAUUGCGCAAAAGGUGCCCACGCUCUACUCGGUGGCCACGACGGGCGCCAACAACACGAACCCGGCCGUCUACGGCGACGUCAACCCGUUCAUCCUGGCGACGGGCUCCGUUGUCACUGUCGUCGUCAACAACCUGGACACGGCCAUCCACCCGUUCCACAUGCACGGCCACCAGUUCCAGGUGCUCGACCGCCCCGCCAGCAACGCGGGCGUCUGGGGCGGCCACAACCGCACGUUCCCGGCCAGCCCCAUGCGCCGCGACACCAUCUCCAUCAACCCCAACUCGUACGCCGUGCUGCGCAUCCAGAUCACGAACCCGGGCGUCUUCUUGUUCCACUGCCACAUUGAGUGGCACGUCGAGAUGGGCCUGACGGCGACCCUGAUCCAGAGCCCCGAGCUGCUGCGCAACGCCUCGUUUCCGCAGGACCACAUUGACAACUGCAUCAAGCAGGGCAUCCCGUACCAGGGCAACGCCGCCGGCAACACGCAGGACGUGCUCGACACGAGCGACUUUGUGACCGUGCCACCAACGACGUACACUGGACUUCCCGCUAACACCGCCAGUGCUUUGUAUUCGGCUCCCACGGACUGUCCGGCUCCUCUCCGCGCACGUCGCGUGAGACGCCGUCUGGACUGA